AUGUCUCGUUUUCUUUCGUUGCAUGUCCGCAAAAUGCUGCUCAGUCGGUUUUCUUUCGAUAGAAAGCGAACGGCUGUCCUGUCAUGCACUUUUCGAUAUGAUGGCCACAAAAUCGCUCCAAGAAACGAGCUUGCUGAUGAUAAUGCUUCAGCCAUCUCCGAACGCUAUACGCCUGUAUGUUUCUUGACAUGGAGUUGCCCACCAGCUCGCCUUGGUGUAUCCUGGCUUAGCUGA